AUGCCGACACACCUGUACCAGCCCACAGAUAUAGUGCUUGCGAAAGUCAAAGGCUAUCCUUCGUGGCCUGCGAUGAUCAUUCCGCAAGAGAUCAUACCGCCCAACGUCAUAAAGCUGCACAGGCGCAGUCAGCGGCAACAAGAAGAGGCUGACGACGAGGGCAAUGAGGACGAAAACGAAGAUGAGUCGAAGUACAUCAUCUAUUCGGACCUACUGAAGUUCCGCAAGUUCGAACGGGUGCAAUCGUCAUACUGCCUGAAGUUUCUAUGCGACGACACCUAUACGUGGGUUAAAGCUCAAGACAUCACGCUGCUGAGCACAGAACGUUGCAGAGAAUGGCUGGAUCGGUCCGGCAGCGGAAAGCGACAGCACAAGAAUAAGAAGCUGAUCCAGGCGUACGAGAUGGCGUCUAAGGGCAGCGGGGAAAUCGACGUGUGGGAAUUCGUGGAGUACGGUAGUGCUGGCAGGCCGGAGGAAGACGAAGAAGAGUAUGUAGACGAGUCACCGGCGGGAGACGACGACGACGCGGAGGAGCUGCAGGAGUUCGGUGAGGACGAGAUGCUAGACGACGACGACGACGACGACGACGACGACGACGAGAUGGAGGACCGGCAGAAGCGGAAAACUAGGUCCGCUGUGCGCCCCACGAGAAGCAGCAAGCGUCAAAGGGCAGCAAGAGAGAAGGUGCAACAAGAGAGGCCGUUGCGUAGAACGAGGUCGACACGUGCCCGAGCAGAACCGGCGCCAGACUCCGACGACUUUGAUGAAGAGAUGGACGAGGAGAGCGAAGAGGUAGAUAUUCCGAGUAGAUCGAGCACGCGCAGGCACACGCGCAGAACGUCCCCCGCAGACAAAAAACAGAUAUCAAAUGGUAAGAAAGCCGCAGCAGAACCAGAAAGGUAUCGGUAUGAGGAUGACGAGGACUGGCAGCUCGUAGGCAAGGGUCCCCAGGACCUAACCGUUCAUUCGUCUAACCCCUUGGUGAACAGGCUGUCGCAGAAGAAAAACCUUGAACUCCAUAAUGAGCUCAAGCUGGACCUUCAGGACAAGCUCUUAAUGACCAACAAGCUCUUGAUGGAAGCCAUCUUAAACUCACAUGCGACCCAGGAAGAAUUCGAAGUCAUUCUUGAUGAGCUGGACAUUGCACUUGGAAUGAAAGGGACCCAUAAUGAACUCAUAACGGUUUUCCUCGGCAAUAAUGAGCUCCUGGCUAACUUCCGCGCUCUCUUCAACCUCAAGCAACCAGCGUUGAAGGAAUUUGGCCUCUGGGACAAAUUCAUGGGCAUUUUUAGCGACAUCUACGGAUUUGCGUACGUCCCAGAGCAAAAACCGUGGACUCUACACAUAGAUGCAGACGCGGACACUGCAUCCGAAACAGUCCCAGAUGGCAUUACUGAUGAUAAGCCCUAG